AUGGUCCAACCUACAAUCUCUGUUCGCACUGCUCUUCCUGCUGACGUCAGGUACAAGGAAGAAGCUGCCAAGGUUGUCAAUGCUGCAUACCGCUCAGAAGGUGGCUGGACCACCGAAAAGGACAUUGUCAGUGGAGAACGUUGUACAGUUGACAUGAUGGAAAGGUUCAUUUUGGACAAUGGCAAGCCUCAUACCCUUUUGUUUGCAUUCGAUCAAGAUCAGCUCAUUGGCACUGUUCAGAUUCAACAUGCUCCUGAACAUCCUGGAGAGGCAGAAAUUGGCCUGUUCUCUGUCAGCCCAGCACAUCAAUCCCGAGGCAUCGGUGGCAAGCUUGUGCGUCAAGCCAUGUUAGAAAUGCAUCAACUUGGCUAUCACACUGCCAUGAUGCAUGUAUUAGAAAAUAGACCUGAAAUUUUGGCUUGGUACAAGAAGCUCGGUUUCGCUGAAACUGGAGAGCGUAUCCCCUUCAUUUGGCCUGAAAUGCUCAAAGUCGAUAAGGAUCUUCACUUUUUAACCUUGAAGAAGACAAUUUAA